GGCGGCGGCGGCGGCGCCGCCCGGGGCGGCGAGGCCGGGGCUUCGGGAGACAGGCCCGGGGGCGGCGGACGGCCGGGAACCAUGUUCGGCUCCAGCCGGGGCGGUGUGCGCGGCGGGCAGGACCAGUUCAGCUGGGAGGACGUGAAGACCGACAAGCAGAGAGAGAACUACCUGGGCAACUCGCUGAUGGCCCCUGUGGGCCGCUGGCAGAAGGGCCGCGACCUCACCUGGUACGCCAAGGGUCGGGCGGACGGCGCGGGACUGAGCCGGGAGGAGGAGCUGGCGGCCGUGAGGCAGGCAGAGCAGGAGGCGCUCAUGGCGGCGCUAGGUUACAAGAACGUGCGGAAGCAGCCCACUGGCCUGAGCAAGGAGGACUUUGUCGAGGUGUGUAAGCGGGAAGGAGGGGACCACGAGGAGAAGGGAGUGGACCGGCUGCUGGGCCUGGGGAGCUCCAGGGGGGCUUAUCACCCGCGUUCCCGCAGUGGCUCCGCAGGCCGAGUGGCGUUGUCCCGAGAAGACAAGGAGGCCGCCAAGCUGGGGCUCUCCGUGUUCACGCACCAUCGCGUGGACAGUGGCCGGCUGGCGUCCUCUCCGGCCUCCGCCAGGAAGAAGCCUAGGUCUGAGGACGAGAAGGCGGAGCCGGGCCCCGAGGGCCACAGGAAAAGCAGAAAAGAGAAAAAAAAGAAGAAAAAGAAGAAGCACAAGAAAGAGAAGAAGAAAGAGAAGGCACACAGGAGCAGGGGGACUUCCCCACUGCCCCCAGCUCCUGCUGGGCCCGGGCGUCGCAGGCACAACUCGGACUCCAGCUCCUCCUCACCCAGCUGUAAGAGGCGGCGGCGUGGCCACCACAGUGACUGAAGCCAGACCUGCUGACAGUUUCCAGCCUCCAGCAGACCUCCUCCCCGCCCCCCCUUCAGGGGCCCUGGCCCCAGAGACAGCCCCUGGCAGGAGGGCAGGGGGCAUAGCCUGGGGAGCCCCCGUGCGGCUUUGGGGUGGCCAAGUACAGCUACUUCUAUUUUUCUUUAAUUCACUCUUUGUACUUAAAUAAAGUUAUUUUAAGGGGAAAGUAUUUCACACUCAAGGGUAGGUUGUCACAUGUUCCAGUAGAAAGGGGCAGGGGAGAACAUGACGACGGUAUAGGGUUCCAGUAAGACCAGCCAGAGACCCUGGUGGGCCUGUCCCUGGGCAGUGAUGUCAGAUGUACCAGGAGACCUGGGUCACAUCUCACCCUGGGUGACAGGCUGGACAUGUAGAUCAUGAGGGUGAAGACUUGUACCUGGAGUCUCCCCCACCCCACUCCAGGUGCCAAGGGACCUGCCCCCUGGACUCCUUGGAGAGGGGGGCAAAGUGGGGCACUAGCUCCCAACCCCAGGCCUCCCCUCCUCUGCAGGGAGGGGACCUCUUACAACCCAGCAGAGUGAGCACAGGACCCAGGCUGGAUCCCUAAUAAGGAAAUAUGCAUCUUUUGCUUCGGAUUUGAAAAUUAAUCUAACUAAAGACAAUUAUGUCUGUCUAACCCUGGCCCUGGCUUUUCAACCUGUUAGUGGAGGGAAGGGCCAGACUGGGCAUCCCCAGGGCAAGGGAGCCUGGACUCCAGCCAGUCCAUAGUCACAGCUGGCUGGGGGAGCCAGGGCACUGAGGAUUCAAGGAUGGCCUACAUGGCAGCAACACAGAGCUUGGCCAAGGUUUCCUGCCCUCCAUCCCCCCAACAGGCCAGGUGAUAUGGGCAAGGGCAGCGCCCCCCCCCCCCCCCCCCCCCGGUCCCCAUGCAGUGACCCUGCUGUCCCUAUCAUGGCCUGGCACUGCCAGCAGGGAGGCCAACGAGGCAGUCACUGCCAGGGCACUGGGCCACGUCCACACCUGCCACGAAGCCAGUGGCCUGUGUGUCCUGCUCCUGUUCCCAGAGGUGAGCUGUGGCUAGUGGCACCAAGCAUUGGAGAGCCGUGAACUAGUUAAGAGACUUUAUUCUAGUAGCUAUAAUUACAGUGCUUGUUUGUCGAAAUGAAAACUGAAAACAAGUAUACAAAACAGUUGAUUACUAAUUGUGUAUUGAAA